GCACGCGUGACACGCUCUAGCCGCAUGUGCUAAUCGGUAUCUUGUACGUAACUAAGAAUUGACCAGAAGUGGUGCAGAAAAAUGGGAAAAACGUCUAAGGACAAACGAGAUGUUUAUUAUCGCCAGGCCAAAGAGGAAGGCUGGCGUGCACGCAGUGCAUUUAAGUUAUUGCACAUACACGAACAGUUCUCCAUCUUCGAUGGUGUCCAACGAGCCGUUGAUCUUUGCGCCGCACCCGGCAGCUGGUCCCAGGUGCUGUCACGCAAACUCUUCGAACCCUGUCAAACAGAUGAUGAGAAAUUGGCUGUGAAAAUCAUUGCAGUCGAUUUACAGGCAAUGGCACCCAUACCAGGUGUUCUGCAGAUACAGGGUGAUAUCACCCAGGAGAGCACAGCGGAGGCGAUAAUUGCUCAUUUUGGCAGCGGCGACGACCAAAAAGCGCAAUUGGUCGUCUGCGAUGGGGCACCCGAUGUGACAGGGUUCCAUGAAAUGGAUGAGUAUAUGCAGAAUCAGCUGAUUGUCUCCGCACUGAGUUUGGCAACGUGUGUGCUCGAACCAGGUGGCAAGUUUGUGGCGAAAAUAUUCAAUGUGACCGAAAAUGAUUUGCUCGAAACGCAAAUGCGAACAUUUUUCAAACAUUUUCACAUUUACAAACCGCCCAGUUCACGUCCCUCCAGCUAUGAAGCGUUUGUUGUUUGCUCCGAUUUUCGAUUACCCGCCGGCUAUAUUCCACAAAUUAUAAAUCCAGUUCGAGAUAAUAUUAGAGAGAUUGCAAUGAAGACCGGAUCGGAGGUUAAUCAACGAUUGGUGCCCUAUAUUGCCUGUGGGGACUUAAACGGUUGUCGGUCAGUAGUGAAUAAAUUGGAAUUCACCGAUAAGCAAAUUGAACUGGCCUAUGAUGGGCUCAUGAACGAUCCAGAUUUUCCUGAUGCGGUUAAGGCCAGCCUAGAGAUUGGAUUUAUAGCGGAAUUCAAUAAAAGAAAUAUUCCUUUUGUGUGCACACACUCAUUAUGGUAGUCAGGAGAAGUAAUUAAGUUAACUAUAAAUUAAAUAUUAGUGAUAGGUUUAUUAUUUUAAGCUAUAAGUGGAGUGCUUCGUUAUUGCAGGUUAGUCUUUGUUUGCGAAAAAUGUAUGUUAAAAAUGUGUCAACUCAUUAUUAGCUUUAUUUCCAAAUAUAUAAUAUAAAUAACACAAA